CAUUUAAAAUGGCUCUUUGACACCCAUACGAGCUCACUGUCUCAUGGCUGUCUGCCAUCUCCAGGACUGCAAUUCUACACCUGUGUCAGUUCAGUAAUCACAGCGCUUCAAAACUCCAUUCCUCCUUUUUUCUUGUCCUGUUCAGUCGAAUUGAGAGUGUCUUAAACUCCCAAUUCAUUUCCAUUCAGGACUGGUUGGGUGAUCGCACGUUACAAUUUCAAAAGGGUAGUAGUGAAUUGUGGUAAUUAUGGUGUAGAAAGUUGCUGAGGCCAAUUGUCUUAGCACAUACAAGCAUGCUUGCGCUGGAAGUUGAGGCACGCUUUGCGGGAAUAUUGGUAAUCAUUUGUAUAAAUCUUAUGUGGACAGUGGAAAGUUUUGUGCUUCAUGUGCCUGUGGUAAUCAGCGGCAGUCAAGACCUGCUGAGCUAGUUUACUUAGAGUUGCAGGUCUCAGUUAAUUGUUUUUAACUUCAUUUGGAAAGUUGCAAUGACACGAGCACGCAAUGUUGUAGUUGCCGCUGGCUUACUAGCUUUUGCAGCUGCAGGCUUAGCAUUUCCAUUUUAUAUGGCGACAUCUAAGGGACCUGUGAUUGACUCAUCUAAGCCACUUCCCCCACAGGCGACUUUCCGAGGGCCUUACAUAAAUACUGGUUCACGUGAUGUUGGACCUGAUCAUCAGACUUACCCAAAGAAAUGAUUAUUUUCCUGGAAUAACUGGUGUUGGCUGUAAGUAAACUGUCUGCUCAUUUGUGCACUGUGUGACUUGAAGAUGUGUUUGAAAUUGGGCACUCUUUUGGACUAAUGGAUGUCCCUUUGGAUACUGGCCUAGAAAUUCGCUUAGCUCCCCACAGCAAAAUGAGUAAUAGCUUGUUUUUUUUUACUCAUGGAAAAAGUAGAGAAUAUCACAUUUAUUAUUUUGUAAGAACUCAAAUGUGAGAAGUAUGACAAAAUUAUCAGCUUCUGCUUCCAUUAUCUGAAGUGGAAUAUAAAAUUGAUUGUGUGCAAGUUUUCCGGAAUAUUUUAUGCUUGGAGGCGCCAGGAUAAUCUUGUCCCAGUGCACUUGGUAAGAGUUCCUAUGGUUGCAGCUGAUAGCUUGAUCUGUAUCCUUCAGUAUACAUUUAAAUCAAAAACUUUGUUUUGCUUUUCUCUGUUGAAAUCAAGGACAUAACAUGAAUAGAAAAAGAGAAAAGAUGGAAAAAUUGAGCAUUGAGCAACUGAUGAUGGGAGGCUUGUAGUGAAUUUAAGUCAUUUGUUAUUUGGUGGCCUCCUGGUCUAACAAUGCACCCAAAAUGCCUGUUCUUAUUUCUAUUAGUGUGCAACUUUUAAAUAUUGCAUUGUAGGUAAAAGUGCUCAAGGAGUUGUUUGCCCAUUUGACUGAUGCUACCCAGGUGUGUUUGAUAUUUAUGGCCAAGGAAUGGUUCACAAUUUUUUUCAAUCAAUGUGUCCAUAAAAAGCCUUCUGAGCUGAUGAAGCCUAGGAUUUGUGUGCAAGUUCUCUAAGGGUGGAUAACUAAUUAUCUGCCUCAUGCUCAUGUUAAUUUUGGAAGUUUCUGCUGAUGCAUUUUACCGUUGUGCUCUUGUCCAUUUUAGAAGUUUCUGUGGAUGCAUUCUUGUUCCUUCAGGUUUUCUAGUUUUAUACAUACAAAGCUUGCCCAUUCUGUCAAUUUAUUGCUUCACGGUUUGCUGCCUGUGCUCUCAUCUUACUACCAUCACUUCUUAAAGAGAAAAUUGUGUAUGUUGUUCUAACAACAUUUAUAUCUUUAGUGAAAGAGGAAAAUUAUGCUAACCAAUUCUUGUGAAUGCCUUUGCAUCGUAUCAUGGCUCAUGGGGAUCAUUAGAUCUCAUUCUUCUGCUGAAUUAUAGAUAUAGAGUCAUGAAUCAACUGUUUGACUUUUUGGAGACUUUGUGGCAUCAAUUUAUUAAAUCAACAUCUCACAGAAAUUUUUGUUACCAAAAUUUUCCUCAACACUAUUCUAGGUGUUCCAACUCAUCAUUAUUCUCCCUCUUUUAUAUGGUUCUUUUUUAGAUGCUGAUGAUCCUUCCCCCACUCCUUUCAUUUGCCUGUUCUUCAUUAACAUACCACUCUCUCUAUAGUUAAGGCCAUGCCUAUAUUAUUUAAGUUAUGCUCCAGGUAGUUUGGUGGAUAUGUUAAAGUAAUCAAUAUCCAUAUCUAGGGCUUGAAGAGUUUUGUUUCCUUGGACCACUCAUUUAAUGUAAGUUAUCAGUUAUCAGUUUCCAUUAUUUGGUUUGUAAAUUGCGUAGGCCAGAGGGAAGAAAGGUUAUUUACCCUAAAUUAUUCUUCUGUUUAUUUUGACUCCCUGAAAAACAUCUUCAAGGGCUGUUUCACUUAUGAAGUUUGCCAAUUUUC